AUGAGCCUCCAAACUGCAACAAAAUCAAGCAACGCCCUUGAGGGUAUCCAUGGAGUUCACGUCGUGUCGCCUUUCUCAUACGACCGAACAACCCAAGCUGGUGACUUCCAGACCAAUUGUAAAUCCUCAGAAACGGGAACAAAUCAAAGACUGUUCAUCGAACGUGUUUGGCAACAAAGACCUCCAUGUCUAAGGCCAAUCCAUUGCUGCAUUCACGGUGACCAGAGUGUCUUGGAAACAGCAGCUAACGUGGCUACUUCCCUUCCUUUCAUCUUCCUUGGAAUGCAAGCACCAAGGAAGAAUAUGAACACAAAGGUGUACGCAAACUCCCUAAUUGGAGUUGGAAUCGCGUCGAGCAUGUAUCAUGCCUCUAGAGGAAAGUUGAGGAAGUACUUGAGAUGGUUAGAUUACACUAUGAUCGCCACAACAACAGUAUGUCUUUCAAGGGCUCUAAGGAAUGAGAACCCAAAGUUCUUAAUGGCUGCAUCAGCUUUAGUUCUACCGUUUCAGCCUCUAAUGGUAUCUGCUGUUCACACCGGAAUGAUGGAGGUGGCGUUUGCAAAAAGAAGCUUAAAGGAUCCAGAUCUCAAAACAGCUCAUAACGUACACAAGAUGUCUUCGUUACUAGGAGGUGCUCUGUUCAUAGCUGAUGAUUUCUUCCCCGAGACACAGUUCCUUCACGCUGGUUGGCACCUUGCUGCAGCCAUUGGAGUUGGAACAUGUAAUAAGCUUCUUGAAUAG